GCUUCAGAAACGUAUUCAAAUGUGUCAUAAAUGUAUUAGUAAAAUAUUUGUUUAAACUUUCCUGUCCCAUAGAAAUGAAUUAAUUGAAAUUACAGUGUAAUUCAUGCUAUAGGAUAUAAUAACAAUACUAUAUCAGAAUGGUAGAAGCAACACACAUAUAUACAUUCAUGCUGAAAUUCUGUGAUGCAAAACAGAAUACUCAUGAAAGCUUGUUGUGAAUUAUCCUUGAGAAAUGAAAGUAAAAGUUCUUAUAGGACAAAAACCUGCUGUUGUGAUGACUGCUCUGGAGAUCCUCCAAUGAGGGAGGGAGGCGGAACAAAAAAAUGAAAGUGAAACUUUAAGCCGGACUGCAGCAGGGGAAACUUCAGAAGGCAUUACAAUGUCUAUCAAAUUCAGCGGAUGGGAAGCACUCUGUGACAAAUCAAAGCACCUGAAACCUGGCCAGGCACCAAAGGCAAACCAUGGCUACACUAUGUACCAUGGUACACACAAGACCACCGCCACUACCAUCAUAUCAUCUGGGUUCAGGCCCUCUGCUGGAGGGACACUGGGUGCUGGAGUCUACUGCAGCAGAGACAUCAAUAAAGCUAUGGGUUACCCAGGAUUCUGCUCGGCCAACGACAGAGUGGUCCUGAAGCUCCGCGUGAGAGUGGGGAAGGUGAAGAAGAUUGACAUCCAAAGCCAACACCUGCAGACCACCUGGCAUCAGCAAGGAUAUGACACAGCCUGGCUGCCUGCACAUGCUGGUUUAGAGGAGGACUGUGUUUGGGAUCCCAAGCGGCUCACUGUAGUAGGCAUAGCGCACUGUACAGACUCAGCCACAAAGGGGUCUCUUGAGAAGCUUAUUAAGCAAGAACAAAAGAAACUUGAAGGGGGCCAAGAUAUGCAGAAAGUUACCAAAUGUAAGUUCUGUGGGAAUCAGCCACAGUUAAACCACACUGUAGAAAAGUGCUGGGAAUGUAAGGAUGCGAUUUGCCCAUUUAUGGACAAGCAUGUUUGCCAUAAACAUAGCUGAUACAAGAAGCUGUUCCCCUUACCUAUCAAUAAGCCUUUAAUCCUUUUGUCUUU